AUGGGAAGAGAAACAGAGUCGAGUCUAUCAGACAGUAAACAUCAAGCUGAGAAUUACAUUGACCUACAAAAACAGUCAAAAUCUGAGAGAAGUGCUGUUUCAUGCCUUUUUCAGCACCUUCCAGUGGUGUAUUGUGUAGGAAGGAACAUAGAUAAAGGAUUGGAGUUGAUGAUAACCAUAAUUAUUGCGAAACAUGAUCUUAAACAUAAAAUUUUAUGUCGCAGGGGAAAAAAGAAGGAAAGAAUUUUCCUUUUAAGGUAG